UGACGACAGCAAGCUGCGCGCCAAGAGAUCUUGCAUCCAUUGGGAAUCUUGGCAAGCUCGAGGUGGAUGUCUUUCUCCCCAUGCCGAACCGCUUGGAGACGGCCACGAGGAAGCGGUGGGCGAUUCGACGAGUCUGAACUCGAGAGGAACUGUACAACUCAUUGCUAUUACCAAUAGAUAGAUUGCUGAAGAGGUCAUGUGUGCUCUAAAGAUCACUGCGGCUGGUCCCGAGGACAGCUGCCAGGCACCCGAUUGUCGCCAAAGCAACGGCAGUUUUUGACAGCGUACCGCUGCGAUAAGAUAAGGGACCAGGCACGAGACCACCCGCCGCCGCCGCCGCCGCCGUCGCCCGGACAUGGAUCGGAUAAGCCACCCGCCAGACCAACCUUAAGCUCGGCCGCAACCAGUCAUCCUGUUUCCCUCCCUCAACUACUUUCACCACUUCCGCCACAAGCUCAACUUUCAUUCAUCCUCACCCUCCUCGAUUGCGCUAUCGCCGUCACCAUGACUCGUCACACUCCUGCCUUCAUCCGGGCCCGCGAUUCCAACCUCUCCAUCCGUUCCAUGGCCAUGGAGCAGGCGAUGAUGGCCUCGCGCGCCUCUCCUGUCGCCAAUGAUGGUCUCAACAAGGUCGACGCCAAAGAGCUUAAGCCCGAGGCCUUCACCAAACCAUACUGCGAGUUCAUGACCGAGAACCCCACAGUCUUCCAUGCCGUCGGCUACUUCAAGGAGAAGCUCGCAAAGGCUGGUUACAAGGAGCUUUCCCAUCGCGAUAGCUGGAUUGGCAAGCUGGAGCCUGGUGGAAAGUACUAUGUUACCCGCAAUGGCAGCUCCAUCAUCGCCUUCGCUGUCGGCAAGGCCUACAAGCCCGGGAAUGGUGCUGCGAUGAUUGCUGGCCACAUCGACGCUCUUACCGCCCGCCUCAAGCCUACAAGCACGAAGCCAGGAAACAAUGGAUACGUUCAAUUGGGUGUCGCGCAAUAUGCCGGUGCUUUGAACGAGACUUGGUGGGACAGAGACCUGAGCAUUGGUGGCCGUGUCAUCGUCAGAGACCCCGACACUGGCAAGACAACGGUGAAGCUCGCCAAGCUUGACUGGCCAAUUGCUCGUAUCCCUACUCUCGCUCCUCACUUUGGAAUCGGCAUGAUGGGCCACAAUAACCGCGAAACCGAAACCGUUCCAAUCAUUGGUCUCGACAACAGCGACGUUCGUGGUGCCUCGACCACCUCGUCUGAACCCCCUCUCGGCGGCGUUGGUUCCUUUGCCGCUACCCAGCCUCCCAAGCUUGUCAAGCUCAUCGCUUCGCAAAUUGGCGUCCAAGACUAUAGCACAAUCCUCAACUGGGAGCUCGAGCUUUACGACUCCCAGCCGGCCCAAGUCGGCGGCAUGGACAAGGAAUUCAUUUUUGCCGGUCGCAUCGACGACAAGCUCUGCUCCUGGGCCGCCUUCAUGGCUCUUCUCCACGCCAAACAGGAGGAGGAGGAGGGCAUCAUCAAGCUCGUCGCUCUCUUCGACGAUGAGGAAAUUGGCUCUCUGCUCCGCCAAGGUGCUCGUGGCAACUUCCUCCCUCUGACAGUCGAGCGCGCCGUCGAGUCCCUCGCUGCCAGAGAUGGCAAGACUCCCUUUGGCCCAGGCCUCAUGGGUCAAACCUUUGCCAACUCGUUCCUCGUCUCCUCCGACGUCACCCACGCCGCCCACCCCAACUUCACCCAGACCAACCUCGCCGAGCACUCGCCACGUCUCAACGUCGGCGUUGCCCUCUGCGUUGACGCCUCUGCCCACAUGACCACCGACAGUGUGUCGAUGGCCAUUCUGGACAGAAUCGCCACUCUGGCUGGCACCGUCAACCAGCGCCACAUGAUCCGCAACGACAGCAGAUCAGGCGGCACCGUCGGCCCAAUGCUGAGCAGCGCCAUGGGGUGCAAGGCUGCCGAUGUCGGUAUCCCACAGCUGAGCAUGCACAGCAUCCGCGCUACUACCGGUAGCUUGGAUCCCGGCCUCGGUCUCAAGUUUUACAAGGGCUUCCUGGACAACUGGGAGAAGGUUGACAAGGAGUGGCGCCCUUAGAUUUUUUUUGCGAUGGAUAUGAGUGUAAUGAGAGAGGAGAACAUGUACGAAUGAUGGUUUGAUAGCGAUAUUGCAUCACCGAUACCCAUUUCAACAAUUCUAGAAUGGCACAUUUGGUGGCUUCCUACAUGGCAUGGCCAUUUGCACGUAGCAAAGCAACAGAAGAUGGAUGGCAGUGAUGAAAUAAUAAUAAUUUUGGUAUUGGA